UUUUUUUUUUUUGAAUCUUGAGUCACGACAACUAUCGCCUCCAACAACAUCAGAAGAGACAUACCGAAUACAUGUAACAUCUUCUAAAAUCAUCUCUCUAUUGACUGUUUAACGAUAAACUUGCGACGAUCGACGCGCCACCAUAUUUCAUAUAACGGAGGAUAUUAGAACUAGCUUGGAGGUGAUGAUUUGGAGGUUAUUUGGAAAUUUGGAGGUCAAAAUCCUCUCCAAACACUAGCGAUUUUGCGGUGGGGUGUUGACGUUUGAUGACGAAUGCUGUUUUGAAAAUUUUGUAUACUAUAUCUAGUCAAAAUGGUGAUUAGAAGUUCUAAUUUAGAACAUAAACUGCAUCUUUCGAAAAGAUCUAAAUUGUUGAGUGAAUAAAUAAUCAUUUGUAAUCUGCAUUUUACAAACCCAAUAUUUUGUACAUGUGAGUACAUCUUCAAUACAAUGCAGAUUCUACAUUCAUCGAGCAAUGCUAUACACUCAUUCGUGUGUAUGGCUUCUAUUCUUAGUCAGACGAUAAAUGCAUAACCCCAAAAUAUUGAACCACAUUGUUUCAUUUGCCCUUUCACGACAAGUCCCCAACACCAGACACGGUUUCAGCCCAUCAAAGCACUCUAGGUAGUGAGCUCCAUUGUCUAAGCCAGGCUGUAAAUAAAUCAAAGUCCAUCACGUACAUCUAUCGGAACGUCCACAUCGGUGGUAUCGCCCAUCCGAUUCUAUUGAUAUGUGUGUGCCCACGUGAGCACCACUAAUGGAAUCUCUGACGGAAAUCAUUGUUGCACUGAUAAAAAAUUCACUCGAUGCCAACUGUACUUCGAUAGCGAUCCGCAUCUGCCUGGAACUGUUUUGGAUUCAGAUACUGGACAACGGAGAUGGAAUCAGCCGAGAGGACCUCCAGAGCAUUGGCAAAUGUUGCCUGUUGAACAUCGACCACGAUCGGAAAAAGCCAUCAAAGCAAUUUGCCCGUUUGACGGGAGAGUCCCUGCUGAGUAUCAUCGCUCAAUGCGAGGAAGUGCUGAUUGAGUCGGUGGACAGCAAAACAAACCACGGCAAAUGCCAUUCGCGCCUCUUCAAACAGCAAACGGCCAUCAGUCCCCGGAACGAAGGCUCCCAGCGGAAUUUCGAUUCGGUAUCGCAGUACCAGUACGUUCGCAAGUCCCGCGGUACCACCGUUACUCUGAAGAACGUUUUCUACAAGAACGCCGAACGACAGCGGAACCAUUCCAUUAAGGAGGAUUACCAAACGCUGCUGGUCAAGAUACGCACGCUGGCAUUGGUUCACUACGACCGUUCGUUUACGGUGCAGGAUUUGGCCAACACGGAAGUGGUAUUCAAGAGCAAACGGCUUUCCGCAUUUUUGCCGAAAUAUUGCGAACUCUAUCGCCUGUCUGAAACGGACAUCGAUGUGACUACCUGCCGGAAAGACAACGUCCUAAUCGAAUGCUACUUUAGUGAACGUCGAACCAGACAUCCGUUAAGUCCCAUCGAAUUGACUUUCAUCAAUGGCCUCCCCAGUGGCGAACUAAUGCCCACUGUCAACGAACUCCUAACGCAAGAAAAACACAACAUCGAUUUUGUUAUAGUAGUAACAUUCCCCAAAAACGACGUCUUGACCCAACUCAACGAGCCAGUCGUAAGAAAUUGUUUAUUCCGCUGCCUAAAUCAAUACAAAGAGUGUCUAAAGCGGCGAAAAGAACAGCGACAUGCCAUUAGUCCUGUAGCACCUGAGAUUUUUUCACAAACACCCAUCAGUCAUAGCACAAUGAUAGAAGACGAUGUCAAAGAUGUGAAAUUUCAACAGCACCACGAUGAGGAGGACAUUCUUUACGGCCUAAGCCAACCGGUAGAUGACAGCCAAACCACUUUUGAUAAGUGCACCAAAUGGCUGAAAACUAAUGACUUUGACGUUCCGGCGGAAAUCGGCUCGACCUCGAAAGAGCAAAAGCAUCCGUCUAAGAAAGCACCAGCCGCAAAUAAAGAACGACAAAAAAUCAACUUUUUCGAUGUUGCUGCUGGCGACGACCGAAGGAGAAUAAAUUCUAGCCCACAAAAGAAGCAAACAUUUAAACGACCUGUUCCAAAGUUUUACCCUACAAAACCCAACAAAAAACCUGAAAAACUUCAAAAAGCCAACAAACAACCCAAUUUUAAGAAAGAAUUCGAAGUCAUUGAACGACCUCCGGAAAAAAUGUCGUUCCUCAAUAUAGCAUCCGAGAUAAACGUUAGCCGAAUCACUAUGCCUUUGGAAGAAACUUUACCACCGGCUAACAAAUUACAACAAUUUGCCAAAAAGGAGAAGAAAAAACUGCUUCAUUCUCCGCCGGAAGCCAUUCCUCCUUUCGAGACCAAAAAAGUAGAGCUCACCUUUUUUCCCGAAUUUGAGGUAUCACACCCCGAUGAGGCAACAAGUUUUCUGAACGACAGUUGUUCUCCAACCGAGAAGAAGGGUUGCUUCCAAGUAACUCCACAAGUAGAAGACGUAGUUGAAACGAAAACUGAGCCCAACAUUGUGCAUUGUUUGGAAAACUUUUCCUCCAGCAGCGGUAGCCCCGAUGCUGUCAGCAGUGAUAUUUCUUAUGCUUUUGCAGAACCGCUUUUCCUGGAACCCAUUCUGGAACCUGAGGACGAUACAUUCAACGUUGGUUCGCCGGAUGCACGUUUCUUCGACUUUGAUCUGGUACAAUCCUACAGAGAAUUCCACAAAGCGUGCCGAGAGACCAUACAAUACUUCAAAGUGGCAAUUGAAGCCAUCGAAACAUCCGAUUGUUCCUCCGACGAAGGGUGCGCCUGUUGCAACACGCACCAAUUCAACCGGGAAAUUGAAAUACUUCGUCAACCUUUCCACCAGCCGCGAAACAUCCUCGCCAAAGUUGGGCCCCGUCGAUGAUUGUCGGCCGAUGAUAAUGGUUGCCCAAAUUUAAAUCAAUGAAAUAUUUUCCAUACUUUGAGGUGCACACUCAAUCACCGCAAAUUAAAACUUUUUCUGGUCGGAAAGUGGAGUGAGUGGACGCUCUCCGGCAAAUGAGGGAAGUUUAAGGCCUAAUGAAAGUGACAUUUACAUGAAGUUCAAAUAAACAAAUAUUUUCAAUUGUGGAAA